UUUUUCUUCCAAAUUUAUUAUCUUCAGAUGAAAUCUAGUACAUCAGAUUUUUUGACAGAUGUACAAACUGUAAAUAUCGUCAUCAAACAGAUAGGACCAAAUAAAUCGCUUCCGGCGUUCAAAAGAAUUGUGGAACGAUGUUCAAGGCAACGGGUAAUACAAGUUUCCGAUAAUCCACGUCGAUUAUUCCAUUGCUCGUUCAUACAAUCUUCCUCGUAUACUGAAUUCAGCGAACUGCAGCAACAUCGUCGUGUUUUUGCUGUAAUUGGAGUAGGGUUCACAAAUGGGCAAGGAGAGCCGGCCGACAAGUCUACUAGAGCAUCUCGAGAGUCGACAGAUUCCGAAGUUUCUGAAUCCGAGCAAAUCUCAAAUGCGUACAACAAACUGAAAUCAGAUUACUCCAAUAUAAUUUGUAGCCGGUGCAUUAUUAUCGGCGGCAAGGAUGAAGAGUUCGAUCUGAUUGAACGCCAUGAGAGACUAUGUUUUCCAAGUUUAGAAGAUGCCACCCAAUUGGAGAGCGCCGUACGGGAGUUAAUGAGAGCCAUUUAUAUUGUUAUCGAGAUGAAACGAGUCGAUGUUUCGUUCGAGAAAAAGCAAGAAAUACCGUGUCCCAUCCUUCCUGACGAAUCUCGUUGGCAAGUCGGCGUUGACACAAAAUCUACUAAAAGUUAUAGGAAAAAAUGUCUCGGUAGAUGUCGGAAGCAACACGCAGACUACUGUCUUCUCACCGGUCUUCCGCAGUUGGCACUAGAAGCUUACGAAGGUGCAAUUGAAAGCCUUAAAUCUGCUCAAGAUCAUUUGUGGCUAGCAGCGGCUUAUGACGGAUGGGCCAGCACGGUCUGCAUUCUUCAUGCGGAACAGAUGGGGGAGAUCAAUUGUGGUGCUUUUCAUCGUGUGGCUAGUAUGCAUGCCAUGCUAACAAUUCCAUCGAUUGAAAUUAAUACACAAACUGGUGACAGUUUAUCGGUAUCAAAUGACAGCGUUCUCAGGUAUCCUAGUGGAAACAAAGAAGAAAUGAAAUUGCAAAGUGAUUUUAGUUCACCACAAGGACACAAACGACACCAUUCCGAUGAGCACGUUAGGGUUACAUCGUCAAUGUCUAAUGGAAUUGAGAGAAAUGAAUCAUUUGGGAAUGAAAGUGGUAUAGUUAGUAAUGGCUCAUCACCGUCAAUCAGAGAAGAGCCCACAAAAGUGAAAGCAUCGAAGGGAUUGAACCCCUUAUCCAACUUUCUAAGUGAUCGACGGGAAAAACCAACAAAAGAACGGGUAAUGGAGAACUUCAAAAAUUCUAUCGACGAAUUUUCAAAGUUCACGAUGGCUGGCUGGUUGGAGUAUGAAACUGUAAUGCGAGGGAUUAUGUACUUGAUUUUGGAGCGAGAGUACAUUAAAUUAGAGCAAUUUCAUCGUGAUUACACAGGAAAAUAUCUCGAUGAUUCAAACACUUUUAUGGAUCAUCGCAUGAAAUCACAAAUCUGCCUUAACUCUGCUGCAAUGUACAGAGAAAUUGGAUUCUUGAGAAAACAAGCUUUCUAUGCGAGACUUAGUGUUUUAUUUGAGUUGCAUGUAACCGAAGGACGUGUCAGACAAGCCAGUGAUUACAAAAUUGUCUACCCAGUGCUUUUCAAAACUUUGGAAGGAUAUGGCGUUGAAUUAGGAGAACCGCAUGAUAUCAAAAACAAGAAAUUAGGACCAGUGAAACUUCAAAUAAAAUCUCUCCAUGAGAUUUUCACAGCUGCCAACCGUGCGGGACACCGCGAUGCAGCAAUUCGUCAUUUGUGCUUCUUACUCCAGGUUUACUACCCACACUUGGACAGCUCUAUGACGACUCGUCUUUUCGAGGAUUUAGAUAACCUAGUGAAAGCUACUAACCUCGUUCAUCAGUUGAAUCAGACAAUUGUGGUUGACGAUGGAAAAAUCAUUAUUCCUGGUCUUCAAUUAACCCGAUUUCCAAUAAUUCAAUCGCCAACCGUGCUCGCUCUACAGUCCAAUUUGGCCCCAACAAUUGUUCCGAAUAAAUGUCAAGCGUCCAUCUUCAUAUACACCCCGUUUGCAAAAAAAGCUGAUAACGCGUUGCUUUGGGUUACGGAUUGUCCUGGUGAAGUUGAAGUGACUGUCAAGAACUGUCGAGGAUCUGAGCUAGUUGUUAAAGACUUGUGUUUGAUUGUGGAAGGAGUCAAUUUUGAACCGGUUCAAGCUCGUCUUAUUCUUCCACCGGAAGAUGAAGAAAACCAGUCAGGGUCAACCAUUCGGUUAUUAGGAGUUCCACGGGAAUCGGGAGACUUAUUCAUUACUGGCUACUCUUGCAAUAUAUUUGGGCUACACAAUGAGUGCCGUUUCUUCUCCAGCAAUGGGCAGAAGCCGAACAAGAUUCGUGUGAAAGUGUUGCCUAAAUUAGCAAGGGUAUACUUGGAGUGCUCACUUCCCCGGGCACCAAUUGAAGAGGAUAAUGAUGAGCCGUCAGCUGAAGCUGUUGUGUAUUCUGGACAAAACUUUGACCACACCAUUACCGUUGUCAACAACAGCGAUAUUCCUGUUAGGUACUGUGGUGUUAAGAUAUGGCAACCAAUUGUUCAAGGAGGUCCGCCACUUAUUUGUCUUGACGAUCUAGAAACACAUUCUCAAGAAAUUGAAGGUUGUGAGACAACUGACGAUCUUUCAAGUUUUACGUUAGAACCAAAUGGGUCUAAAGAGCUACAGUUUCAUAUUUUUGGAAUUGAUCCAACUUCAACAGCUGAUGAUUUGAGCGACGAAGAAAAAGUUUUGGAAAGUGUCGUACCUCUGGCAACAACCCACGCGAUUCCAAAUCCGGACUCAGAAUCUAAUGAUAUGGAUUUGAUUCCAUUCACUGGACGUCUAUUAACAGCUGAAUUUAUUGUUAGAUAUCAUUCUGACAUCACAACUGAGGAUGGAAACUCGUUUGAGCGAAAGUGCAAGCUCCCUAUCGCCAUUUCAAUCAUUCCUGCUGUAACGGUGUCUGCGUGGCACGUUCUCCCAGGAGAUAGCCCAUUUUCAAGAUACAUUGUUGUUGACGUAACCAAUAGUACUGAACAUGACGCGGAGCUUGUCUAUAGCAACUCGCGAAGAAUGUAUGUUCUCCCGAAGGAAACUUGUAGAGUGCCCAUUUUGUCGCCGUGUUGCUCUGACGUUACUGGUGGAGCUUUUCAUCAGGCGAAACAACGUGGAAGUCACAUGAUGCAGAAAAUGGAAACUGAAAGACUGCGGUUGAUUCUGGAAAACCAUGUCUCGAAGCAUUUAGAUAUUCGUUGGUCUAUUCCAGCUCUCAAUCUUGAUGGACAAGUACCUGUUGGCUCCCUUCUUUCUUCAGUGUCACUUCUAAAACAACUCGUGCUACCAGCCAUUAGCCUUGAUUUCUUUGUUAACGGGAAACAGUACGUAAGCGAGGACGAUGUCACAGUUGGAAUUGGUCAAUUUGUCACCGUUGAAGUAUCCAUCAUUUCUUCGUUAGCCGCCGAAUACAAUGGAAUUCUAUCGUUGGAAUGUGAGCAAGAGAUUUCACAUCUUCUCGGUUCCAAUGAUACGAGCAGCUUUAUGUUAGUUACCGGUGCGAAGAAGAUUCCUUUCACAGUCGACAAAGAGAACAAACAAUCGGCAACAUUCAACUUGGCCUUUAUUGUCGAAGGAAGUUUCCGUGUCCGCCCACAAAUCACUCCGGCUCCCGGUCAAAAUGCUCUUCUCGCCGAGGACAUGUUUGCCACUCCUGUCGCAUUUAGCGUUUCUACUAAAUUUUGAAUUGUAAAAUUACAAAUAUUUUUUUUUCAUAUUCCUCUCCAAUUGCCUACCACACUUCUGAUGUUAGUCAAACAGUUCACUACGUUACUGUUAGUUUUUUGUUGCAUAAGUGCCAUUUUUCACAGACAUAAUCUGAGUUUCAGUCAUGGGUGAAUGUUUUGCAAUCGCAUUUUAUCGCUUAAUUGUACACGGGUUUUAGAGAUCAGAAAAAUCAAGAGUAAUUGUUGAAAUUUUCCAUUUAGCAUUUUAAUCGUACCCAUCGCAUUUUUUAUUUUCCACCUCAUAAUUCUAGUCGAUCCGACAAUAGUGUGUCAGUUUUUUCAAGUUUUAAAAAAUAUUCUUCCAGUUGUUCGUCUUUCGACUAGUGGUUCUUCACCCGGAACCGUCCUCCCCAAUGCACAGACAAUUUUUCAUUAUGAGAAAAUAAAGUUUUUGCGAAUGAU